UGUUUUACGCAUGGUUUUACGUCAAUUAUUUUAUGGUCUGCUAUGCGAAUGUUUUCCUUGUCCCUCUAAGUAAGCACUUAUAUGUGCAACAUUCCACUUGAUAUCUAUGACAGUUAUUAUGUAGAGAUAUCAGAAGUUAAUAGAAACACCUGUCACGUGACGUCUUAGUGUUAGCUUCAGUUACACUGGAUCAUUCGAAGCUAACCGUGAAACCCGAACCUAUCAAACCACUUCAGGAACUCCACAAGUUUUGGGAAGGGCCAGGUAAAUGAGGGCUCAGAGGGCUGUGAAGAUCAGAAACCCUGCAGAUAGCAGGAAAUCUAUUCCUCCAACAAACAAAGACGACAGCGCUGCAGCAGUUCUGUAAAAACAGAAAGUUUGUGGUGUGCAAAGUGCAAACAGAGACAGUGUGGAUGUGUGAAGUUCAGCAGUGACUGGAAAGAAGACACCAUGUUCUAACCGAUAUAUUCUUUUAGGUGAUAUGCCUGUAUUUGAUAUCAAAAGAAGAAGGGUGACAGUAGGAGUGAGAGAACGAGAGGGGGUGAUAUGCAGCAGAGGCUGUGAUAAAGACUCAGCUCUAAUGCUUCACGCUCCACCAGAUGGAGGUCCUACCGCAAUUAUCACAGUUAACUGAAGAAAUCGGAGCAGUAUUUGAAGCAGUCUCUGAAGGACCUGCUCCUUUUUAUUCUGCUGUGUCUUGAUUUAUGCUGAGGGGUUGGCCUUCGCUGUUCCUCAUGCUUGACUCCAGCUGAUUCCAGAGGAUGCUUGACCAUCAUUUCCAGCCUGCGUCUCACUGGACACAUCCCACCUUCAGACCAUAAUGCCGUCCAUAAAGAGCUCUAACCACUGGACUCUGUCAGAGUUAGUGGGUCAGCGGAGGUUGUUGGGUUUCGGAGCACUGCUGGCAUGGCUCGUCCUCUUUCACCUCCUCGUGAAUGUCUGGCUGCUUUGCGUCUUCACCAGCCUUCUGGUGGUUCUAGGGGGCUGGUUGGGGUCCCGGGCUGUCCUGGAUGCAAACAGCCUUCUCCACCUGGAGCACUUCCUGCCUCUAGGUAGAGUCAGCCCGCCUCUUUAUGCACCUGAACACGAGUGGAGGUUGAACCAUGAGAUCCACAGCGCCGUGCACAAAGCCGUGCGUGACUUUGUGUCCUCAUGGUAUCGGACUCUUUUGCCCGAGGUGGAGGGGGAGUUUGAACGUGCGGUUCGCAAUUCGAUGCUGGAAUCUGUGAUGGAGCUGAAGGAGCGUGCGCGGCACCUGGAUAGGAAAGCGCUUGUUCAAAGACUUCUAGAGCUGUAUGGCUGUCACCUGCAGAGCUACAUGACAGCGAGACACAUCCAGUCGACUGAAAAGGAGAGAAUCAGCCUGUGGCAGCUCUACAGUGAAGUGGACUCACCUCACCCAGCUGUGAACAGUGCAGUAACUGAGCUCAGCUACUCCAGAGCUCUGGUAAACCUUGUCCUACAUGUGCUUGUUCCCUAUCCUCAGAUGGAGACAAGAACAGGAGGUUACGUGGUUACAGAACUCAUCACCUGCAACGUUCUGCUUCCUCUCAUAAGCAGGGUGUCCGAUCCUGACUGGCUCAACCAGACUAUUGUAGACAUAAUCACCAGGUCCAGAGAACCAAUAAACCAAUCCAUCAAUGUGGAUGAGCUGCCGACUGAAGCUCUCUACAGGUGUCCGAUCCAGCAAGAGUCCUGGACUACAUGUAAAUCAGAGUCUUCGUCUGGUCUAGUCAGAUUCCCAAGCAGAAGCUCCUCCGACUGUGACGAACUACGGAGUCAGAAAGACUCGUCACAAGGCAGCAUGGUCAGCCUGCUGUCUGCUGGAAGAGUUGAUGGAUGCCACCCAGGUUUGCUCACACCCUGCAAAGUAAACUGCUGCCCUCUCACACCCGGCCAUUAUCGCCGCUCAUCAGAGCCCAAAAUGAUUUAUUUUGACUCCCUGGCUCCGUCUGAAGACUCUGAAGAUGACGUCCCAGGAGGCUUUUGCGACUGUGGUCCUCCAAAGAAUUUUUGCACUCUGAAAGAUGAUGAAGACUUUGGUUGCUUUGCUCCUCUGAAAAAUCUUGGGCCGAAGGUGGUGGUACCUGAGGAUUCCCAGUGGCCUGCUGGUAUAGCCCAGGACAAAUCCCCUGUUUGUACUCCAAGAAGACUUUGUCUGAGCCCCUGUAACUUUGAUACCCCCAACAACCAGACUGCAGCUGUGAACAUCCAGAACGUGCAGAUUUCUGGGACAGUCAGUGCGAUGGAACAGCGUGGCACAGGCACACAUCCUUACACUCUCUACACUAUCAAGUAUGACACGAUGGGUGAAGCAGAGACGAAUGGCGGUCUGCGACCUGUGUCCAGUCACACUGUCAACAGGAGAUACAGCGAGUUCCUCAACUUACAGACACGUUUGGAAGAGAAGCCUGAUGUCAAAAAGUUAAUCAAGAAUGUCAAAGGCCCGAAGAAGAUGUUCCCUGACCUCAUGUUUGGGAAUGCAGACAGUGAGAAAGUUGAAGCUCGUAAAAGCCAACUGGAUAUAUUUAUCAAGCAAUUGAACAGCAUUUCUGAGACAUCCAACAGUGAGGACAUGCAGGAGUUCUUGGCUCUCAACGCAGAUGUUUGCACGUAUUUUGAAAAAAAGCCAUUGGCUAAAUCAAGAUUUGAUAAGAUGGUGGAAAAUGCGUUAGACACAUUGAAGACAGCGUUUCCUCAUCCUGAUCUCCUCAGUCCAACAGAGGAACUCGAGGGAGAAGCUGAGGGACGAACAACUGAAAACAGAAAGUACAGAGGCUCCAUAACCGGCAGAAGACUUAUGUUCCCCAGCAAGGUCUCCACAUCUCUUAAUAUCCCCGACCUUCACCCUAAAGUCACGUACUGCUACAGUGAAGGCAGCACUGUCCUCAACGGUAUAUCUCUGUCAGGUCUGGAGAGCUUCGUCCUGGAGCAGGAACGACUUUUGUGUGAGCCGAAUGGACAAAGAGCAUCCAGGCAGAGCUGUGAGCAGCCCGGCAAAGAUAAGAAGAUGUCGGGUAAAACUCAUGGGACAGACACAGCUGUGGCAGAUGUCGCUCUAAACAUUUUGUGUCUGCUGAUGAAGGACCAGUGGAGCUGGCUGUGCACAGAGAACAUCCAGAAAACCAUCAGACUGCUCUUUGGCACCUUCAUUGAGAGUUGGUUGGAUGUAGGAGUCGCCCGCCUUACCAGCGCCCCGUGCUGGGUGAUUUACCUACAAGUGCUACAGGAAGCUGUAUGGCCUGGCGGCACGCUGCCUGCUCAACCACGGCCAGAGCGCAGCGCUGCAGAAAGAGAGGAGACCAAAGAGGAGUGUCUGGACUGUCUGAUGAAGCUGCUCCCAGAACUGAUCACUGACUUGUUGGGAAGUGAGAAGUACAGACUGACCCUGGAAACAAUGCUGGAGUCUUUACAGGACCAUCAGAUAAACAAACAUCUGAUCUACUGCAUCUGUGACCUGCUGCUGGAGUUCCUGAUCCCUGAGUCAUGUGACGAGAGCUUCCAGAGGUCUCUGCUGCAGAGCCUGUCCAAAGACCCAGAGAGGGAAAAUUCACACAUAUGAUCCGCAGCGCAUGAUGAUCAUCAGAAAUGUAAGACAUUUCCACAAACAAGGGCUGUGAUGUUGGGAUGAUGGCCUGGAACAACAAGAGUCCCGUGAUGGCACAAUGUGCAGCAGUCAUUAUCUGAUUUGUUGAUGGUAAAAGGGACUUUCUUGCCUGUGUGGUCAUGGACUUCAUAAUUUACUCAACUUCUUUGUGACUGACUGUUACAGGAAGAUGAUAAAUAUAAGAAAUGUGAUUACAUUUGUUAACAAAGAAACAGUUGUGGGAUCAGCAUCAGCACACAAACAGAACUGAAUACACUGACAGACAAACACAUCACCCAAACUGACAUCAAAAAGAGUCAGAACCAGAGGGAAAAAAGCGUUUUAUUUAUUUUUUGUAUUAUACUGUAUAUAAAACACUACUUUUGUGUAACCUUUCCCCAUUUGAUUUCUUUAUUGAUGCUUUUUUUGUGAAUUGAGAUCCUUUGUGCAAAUCCCACCCACCCUUUCCAUGAGGUCAUGUGAACAUCAAAGAUAAUGUUUGUGUCCGUUUGAUAUGUGACUGUUUCAUGAUAUCUUUAAAGUAUCAUUCCAUGAGUGGAACUACUUGAUCUUUAAAAUACACUCAGAUGCAUGUUUCAAGA